GAAGCGCUCUGUGCGCUCUCGGAACCGAGCAGGCGGCGCCAGCGGCGGCGGUUGCUUCUUCUGUCGGGCGCUCUGACGAUAAGGGCCCUGGAUCGCUCGGAGGUGCUGACCUCCUGCCAUCGCAGGUUGCCCCAUGAGUCGGGGGACCAUGCCCCAGCCUGGAGCAUGGCCAGGCGCAAGCGGUGCGGAGAAGCUGGUGCGGGAGGCGGGGGCCGCGCCCCCCGGCCCCGCCAGAGUCGUGGUGUUGAGCCAGGCGGAGCAUGAGGAGGACAUAUAUCGCUCUGAUGAUGAAAUAAAAAAGGAGAAAGAAUUACCUAUACAUGAAAGAGGGUUACCAGAACCUAGAUUAAGUGUAGCUCCCGAAGUGGAUAUCAUGGACUACUGCAAGAAAGAGUGGAGGGGAAAUACGCAAAAUGCUACAUGUAUGAAAAAGGGCUACGAAGAGGUAUCUCAGAAGUUCACCUCCAUCAGGCAAGUCCGCGGAGAUAAUUACUGUGCGCUGAGGGCCACGCUGUUCCAGGCCAUGAGCCAGCCGGCAGCGCCGCCCUCCUGGCUGCAGGCUCCGGAGCUCACGCUGUUACCGGAAAAACUCGUAAGCAAAUACAGCUGGAUCAAGCAGUGGAAACUUGGACUGAAAUUUGAGGGGAAGAACGAGGACCUGGUUGAUAAAAUUAAGGAGUCCCUCACUCUGCUGAGGAAGAAGUGGGUGGGCCUGGCUGAACUGAGAACUGCCGAAGCAAGGCAGACGGCUUGUGAUGAACUGUUCACAAACGAAGAGGAAGAAUAUAGCCUUUAUGAAGCUGUAAAAUUUCUAAUGCUAAACAGAGCCAUUGAACUCUAUGAUGAUAAAGAGAAGGGAAAGGAAGUGCCAUUUUUCUCUGUGCUUCUGUUUGCUCGGGACACAUCAAAUGACCCUGGACAGCUACUGAGGAACCAUCUAAACCAGGUGGGACACACUGGUGGCCUUGAACAGGUUGAAAUGUUCCUUCUCGCCUAUGCUGUGCGCCACACCAUCCGGGUGUACCGGCUCUCCAAGUACGGCACUGAAGAGUUCAUCACAGUCUACCCCACAGACCCACCCAGGGACUGGCCAGUGGUGACCCUGAUCACCGAGGACGAUCGGCACUACAACAUCCCCGUCCGAGUGUGUGAGGAGACGAGUCUGUGAGGGCCUCGCACCCAGACAGUCUGGCCUUGGGGCCACGGUGUGCAGGCAGCUCCUCGGCUCGGGCCUCGGCCUGCUGGUCUCCUGGAGUGACUUAUGGGAGCUCUUACGCCCCGUGAACCAAGCUGGCCUGAGGAGUUCUGAAGAUUAGCUUUGAUAAUGAGUUAACUGAGUUUUUCCCUCAUUAUGAAGCAAUAUGUUGUCCUGGAUGCCUUCAGAGCACAUUUGUUGGAAGGUGCAUACUGUAUCUUUUCCAUAAAACAAAUACUUUUGUAAAAA